UCAAUGACGUCAUUGGCGCAAGAGAUGAUGUUAUGAUGUUUCCCACAUUCCACGAUUUUUUUUAGAAAAGGCCGAAGCCCUCGACAGAGCCUUGCUCUCGUACGAUGUAUGUCCUGUGUCGAGCGAAGAAGCUGUAUCUUGCUGGGAGUCCGAUUCGGGGAAAGAGCCUGAGGAACCAAAGGAUCCCAAGAAAUCUGGAUCCAAUGAGUCCGAUCUGGCAAGGUACCACAGGCGAAAAGAGCUACUAGUACCAAGAUGCCAUUGCUUCAACGCCCAUGCGGCCACAAAAUCUACUACGAAGUGAAAGGACGGGGCAUUCCAAUUCUCAUGCUUGCUCCUGGAGGCAUGAGAUCAUCAAUUCCGAAAUGGGAAAACACCUCAAAAAUCAAUCCUUGGACAACUCUUCCAACCGCCAAAUUCAUGAUGAUUGGCAUGGAUCAACGGUUUGCUAAUAGAUCGAUUGGACGUGCGAGAAACAGUGACGGAUGGGAGACAUUCAUGGACGAUCAAAUUGCUUUGCUAGAUCAUCUCGAAAUCAAACGAUGUCACAUCGUGGGGAGUUGUAUUGGACCUUCCUAUGCUUUCAAUUUGCUGGUUCAUCACCCACGACGUUUCGGAAGAUGCGUCAUGCUGCAACCAAUUGGGUUGGCACGUCAUACCACUGAACCUCAUUCGCAGUGGGCUGGACUCAAUCAUGAUGCUGCGUGGUCAUGGUUCAGUGACUUUGCGGGGGAACGAGUAACAUCCAAGGUUUAUCAAGGCAAGGAAGACUAUGAAACUCUCAACGGUCUGUAUGAAAGAAUGUUUCAGAGUGGACGGGAGUUUGUCUUCAGUAUUACCAGGGACCAGGCAACACGCAUUGCAACACCAUUGCUGGUCUUCAUGGGACGGGACAAAUCUCAUCCAGCAGAAACGUCCAGGCAGAUAUGUCGCUUGUGUCAAUCAGCAGAGCUCGUCGCAAUAUGGCGAAAUGCAGGUCCUGGUGCCUUGGAGAAAGCGGAGGCCAGGAUAGAAGACUUCCUGUCCGAACCUGUGUAGCAGUGCCAAAACUACUCCGACACACUUGGCCUACCACCAGAAAAGAUAUGUAUACUGCAUUACCAAAUGGAGAGGCGGGAACUUUAAAAAUAAGGGAGUCUAUUCUAAUCUACAUACUGUUGCUAGCU